AUGGGCAACAGUCAGGGCAAGCCCGUUGAUCUCAACGGGGAAGUGAACCUCAAUCAUUUCCGCCUUCUUCGAGUCGUCGGUCGAGGAGCCUUUGGCAAAGUGCGAAUUGUAGAGCGGAAAGAUACCAGUCUGUCAUUUGCUCUCAAAUACAUACGGAAAGAUGAAGUCGUACGGUCUGAAAGCGUUCGGAACAUUAUUCGAGAACGGCGCAUGCUCGAACAUGUAAACCAUCCCUUCAUCUGUAACUUGCGUUACAGCUUUCAAGAUAUCGAGUAUAUGUAUCUUGUGGUCGAUUUGAUGACUGGCGGCGAUCUACGAUUUCACAUUUCCAGGAAAACCUUCACCGAAGAAGCUGUUCGUUUCUGGAUCGCAGAACUGGGUUGUGCAUUGAAAUACAUACACGAGCAAGGCAUCAUACACCGAGACGUCAAGCCCGAUAACGUGCUACUGGAUGCCGAUGGACACGUCCACUUGACUGAUUUCAACGUUGCUUCGGAUGUGAUCCCUGGCAAGGUCCUGACAAGCAAGUCGGGUACGCUCGCUUACCUAGCUCCCGAGGUCUAUGGCGGUAAGGGGUACACCGUGACGGCAGACUGGUGGUCUUUGGGCGUCCUGUUCUACGAAUGUAUCUACAACAAGCGUCCAUUUGAGGGCAACUCCGAGUCGAGUCUGUCCAACGUAAUUACUGCUGCUAACCCCAAGUUUCCCAUUACGUCGCCUCCUGUAUCGUUACCGUGUCUCUACGCUAUCCAGAAGGCUCUCGACCCCAACCCCAAGACACGCAUGGGUUCCACUUGGAACAGCUUCAUCGACCAUGAGUUCUUCCGGGUUAUCGAUUUCGACGCUUUGCUGCGAAAGGAGCUCGAGCCCGUGUUUGUGCCGUCAGCAGAUAAGACAAACUUUGAUGCCACGUACGACCUGGAGGAAUUGUUAUUGGAAGAGGCGCCAUUGGAGGCCAGAGCACGCAGACAAAAGCCAAGAGAAAAGCUCAAGGACGAUGCGACCGAGAAGGAGAUUCGCGAAGAGGAGCUAUACAAGACGAUCGAGAGGGACUUUCAGCCGUUUGACUACACGAUUGCUGCAUACAACAAGAUCACGGCCAUGCAGGGCGAAGCCGGCGAGAACAGCAACCCAGCGGAUCCGAGAGCUCCUGGUCCAGAAGGCAUGACUCACGGCCAGGCCAUGAGUGUAAAUACAGCAAUCCAGGCUCAGCCUCCGAAUGGAGCCGGAAUCUACCGACCAGAGCCCGUACAGAGACAUAUGGGCGACCAUCCAAACGGCCCUGGAGGUCGAGCUCCACCUGGAAGGCCAGCUCCUCUACCGCCAUACCCGACCUCGUACACCAGUCGCCCAUCGCAACCUUCUGGCAUGCGAGUUGAGUCACCCACGGGCGGCGUACAAGUGACGAUUGAUGCUGCAGGCAGCUGGUCACAAUUAGCACGACAAGACGCGACUUUGCCGACGGAUGCAAACGCGCAAAACGAUGACAAGUCUGGAAGUUCGGGAGGCGGCGUCUUUGGUCUGUUUGGCCGCAAGAAAGGCCGUGGCCACAGUCCAAAGCCAAAGGAAAGAGGCGUGCUCGGCAAAGAAGGCGCUAGAGUCGUUAUCGGCUGA